AUGUAUCAGGUAAAUGUACCCAGGUGGCUCAUAGGGACCAGUCUACUCUAGAAUAGUGAGACCCAGGCUGUGGUUGAUUUAUUAUGGGAUGAUUUCUCUGUGAGCCUCUCUGUUCUCAGAUGUCACUACAGUAACCUGGCCUUCUCUGUGCUGGCCCAUGUCCAUGAAGUGACAGGAACUGAUUACAAGAGCUGGAUGUCUAAAAAUAUCCUUUAAACGUUAGGCGAGGAGGACACCAGUUUUGACAUCACCACAGACACCAAGAAGCAGAUGGCAGUGGGCAUUUACUUGAGCAGGCAGUCCUUGCCUCUCUGUGACCUCAGCUGAUACCAGCUUGGGCAGAUGUACUCCACUAUGGUGGACAGGACCAAGCUUCUUAUGGUACUGUUUGUUUCCUGCCCCCACUGUGUGCUCUGCCAUGACCUCAAGACCAAACUGAUGUCUCUCGCACACCAAUCCGGCAUGUCCUGGUAGCAGCUGGAAUAUGAGAUCAUCCACAAAGAUGGAGAUCUGCACAGCUAUUUGGUCUUGUACUCCCUUGUUUUGAGCUUGAGCUUGGGCUUGAUCAUCCUGGUAGCUGGGACCAAGUCCGAUGGGAAGGACCCCGUGGCCAAGGUCUACAACUACCUCUUCCCCACCAUGAAGAGCACCUUGAGAAGUACCAAACAUGUCCUCCUCUCUCCGCCUAACUCGACAUCCUACUUGGGCAGCUUCACUUACAAUGUCGUGACCUUCUAUGUGAUCAAAGCAGGGUGUAAUGGAGUGCUGACCCUGCAGCAGUGUGGGCCACAGGCAGAUGCACUGGUGUCUUUGAAACACAGAAAGUGUUACUUAGUAGGUCACUUAGAAGAAAGGUACAAGCUAAAGGUUGGCACCACUUCUAUAUAA